AUGCAUCCUGACAGACAAAUCCACACGUCCGUAUGUGUGGUGGUGAAGCUACAGUACUACAGUCCACCACCAGGAGGAGCUCUGCUUCAGCGGAAACAACGGAUAAACAUGAACCCCCUCAGACUAAAGUACUACACUAGACUGAAGGAAUAUGUUCAAUGUUUGCAUCCAUAUGAGCUAGAGCUGCUGAUGGCCGUCUCUCAGAUCACCUUGCUCCUGUUUGUCUCUGAUCUGAAUUCUGCUCUGAACGAAGCUGUUCUGAGGUCGAGGAACAUCAAGCUCAUCGUCAACGCCAGCAACAUCCAGGGAGUCACCUACCCACAGGUAGGCGGACGGAGGCCGGCUGACGACCUCCUCACUCCCCCUCUCUGA